AUGGCCUCUCAAGAAUCUCAAACACAAAGCAACUCAGUCUUUAAGGAUUAUCUCCCUGGUUCUUCUGACCUUCCUGAACAGAAUAAGCCUGUUGAACCAACAAAUCUCUGGAAGCAAACAUCACACAACUUGCCACCUGGUUUGGAAUACCUGAAUCAGCUGGACCGGAUAAUUAUUCAUCAGCAAGUGGAACUUCUUGAAGCCAUACUUGGCACAGAGACCUCCAGCAAAUAUGAGAUAAAAAACCAUUUGGGACAAAGAGUAUAUUUUGCAGUGGAAGAGAAUGAUUGCUUUGAUCGUAACUUGUGUUCGCCCAUAAGGUCUUUCACCAUAAGGAUUGCUGAUAACUCAGGCCGAGAAGUGAUUACAGUGAACAGGCCCUUGAGAUGCAACAGCUGCUGGUUCCCCUGCUUCCUGCAAGAGUUAGAAGUUCAGUCCCCACCGGGUACAGUAGCUGGGUAUGUUGUACAGAACUGGGACCCUUUUCUGCCGAAGUUUACUAUACAGAAUGAAAGUAAAGAAGAUGUACUAAAAAUAAUUGGCCCAUAUGCAACUUGUGGCUAUUUUGAAGAUGUUGACUUUGAGGUAAAAGCUCUCAAUGAGAUGUCAACAAUUGGCAAAAUUUCCAAGUACUGGUCUGGAUUUGUAAACAACGUCUUUACCAACACUGCCAACUUUGGGAUUCAGGUCCCUGUAGAUCUUGAUGUGAGAAUCAAAGCAGUAAUGAUUGGUGCUUGUUUCCUCAUUGACUUAAUGUUCUUUGAAAACUCUUUGGAUGGAUUAUAA